AUGAAAAAGGAUCUAGUAGAAGAUCAUGAGAAUGAGACACAAGCAGAGGCCAAGGCAAUGGCAAAAGAACCACAACAGGAGACGGCGGGCGUUCCUCAUGACAGCAACAAGGAGUCCAAGAUGGAGAUUCUUGAUAACGCCAACACUAUUUCCAAACCAACGGCAACUGACAAUGUUGUGGCAAAACCAGAAACAGUAGACUCCACUUUAGAGGAAGAUGGCAUUUUAAAGGAGACCUUCUCACCCGGCAAACAAGAGGAGAUUCCUGCACCAUUUGACUGUGAGACAGCCAUGGUAUCAGCGUCCACAGUGGCGGAGCCCUUAGAAUUGCGGAGGGAUGUGAGACGGCGACAGCAGGUAACUCUUCCUGGAGCAUACAUGGGGGCACUGGGAGAAGAUUUGCAACGCACAACAACUCUGAAUUAUGACCUGAACGGAAGAGUCAAAAGCAAAUUGGAAUUGCCGCACUGA